UUGCCUUUCCAGUACCGCCUCUUGGCGGCGGGAGCAGAAGCGCUAUGGCUGACGGUAGCAGCCCUGCCGAGGCGCCCAGUCCACGGGGCUCCCCGGGCCGGGUGCCGCGGAUCCCGCGCCAGGUCGGGCCCCGAGGCGGCAGCGGCGGCUGCGGGGAGACCCCGAGGACGCCGGCACUGGCGCUGCGCUUCGACAAGCCCAUCAAGCAGGCCUUCUACAACACGGGGGCCGUGCUGUUCGUGUGCCUGUGCUGCGGCGCCGCGGUGCUCGUCUACUUCAUCCUGGAGGCCUUCCUGCGGCCGCUGCUGUGGGCCGUGCUGUGCGGCACCUUCCUGCACCCCUUCAAGAGCUCGCUCACGCGCCUGGGCCGCCACUGGCUGCAGCGUCUGCACCGCGCGCACACGCCCAUCGUGCUGGCCGCGCUGCUGCUGCCGCUCUGCUUCGCCGACUACGGCGUCGAGGCCCUGGGCGAGCAGGCGCUGCGCCGCCGCCGCCUGCUGCUGCUGCUCGGCGCCGGCGGCCCGCUCCUGUACGGCCUCUACAGCCUCGGCAGCUACCUGGGCGUGCAGGUGCUGUUGGCGCACGCCGGCGCGCUCAUCUGCCGCGGGCUGGACUACUUCAGCAGCCUGUGGAUCUGGACGUUGGUAGUUGGCUACGUGUUGACUGUUUCAUUCAAGUGGAAUGCAAGUACUGAACGCUACUUGAGAGCAGUUUCAAUUCCUGUCUGGAUUAUAUUGCUUUUUCAUUUAGCAUCCCUGGCUGGCUCAUGGAGAAUUCCAGUAUUCCUGGUUAUUGUUUUCCUGAUGUCUGUGGGCACCCUCUAUGAGAAACAGAAUGGAAAAGAGUAUUCUGGAGCAGAGUUACCAGGGCAGGUUAUUUCCAUGGCCGCUUCUACUCUAGCAACCUUGGCCGUCUCUAUCACAGGGUAUGAAUCGAGCCCCGAGGACCCACCCUCCGCCCAACCUGCAGAAAGCAUGGACAGAGGAGAGCCCCCUCCUGCGCUAUCCUCCUCUCCUUCACCUUCCUCCCCUUCACCCACUCUGGGCAGAAAAAGGCCUGAAAUGGGAACGUUUGUCAGGAAGAAGAAAACCAGCGACAUCUACUUUGUGUCCCUCGUGUGGGCCAUUAUCGGAGUCCAGCUCUGGCUGAACCUGUGGAUAGUGCAGCUGCUGCCCGUGCCUAUUGCGGUCUGGAUCCUCAAAAAGCUUGUUAUUCACUUUGGAGUUGUGGACUUCCUGGAGAAACGCUGCCUGGUGUGGUGGCAGGCCGUGGAGCACUUCCUGAGGGAGCGGCAGGAGGCUCUUGCCCCGUGGCCCGUUGUCGGGCUUGGAAAAUUCUUGUUAAAAGUUGAUAGCAAGCUCUGGCACUGGCUAAAUAAGAAGAUGAUCAUCUGGUUGGAGAAGAUGUUAGACAAAAUAAUAAGCAUUUUCAUCAUAUUUUUGUUAGUGAUAGGAACCCUUCUUUUAGCUCUACUCCUGACUGCAAAGGUCCAUCAAGAGAGUGUACACAUGAUUGAAGUCACAAGCAAUUUGAUUAAUGAGACUCUAGCAAAUCAUCCCGAGUGGGCAAAUUGGCUUCCUGAAGCUCAAGUAGUCCAAAGAGCCCUCAAUUCUGCAGCUAACAAUGUGUACCAGUAUGGAAGGGAAUGGAUAACACACAAGCUUCAUAAAAUUCUGGGAGAUAAGGUGAACAAUACUGCUGUAAUUGAAAAGCAAGUACUAGAACUUUGGGACAGACUGUAUCAUUCUUGGUUUGUAAAGAACGUAACGCACUCUGGAAGGCACAAAGGACACAAGAUGCAUAUAAGUCGUCAGAAUAGCUGGCUGGGAGACAUUCUGGACUGGCAGGAUAUCGCUUCCUUUGUUCACGAGAACAUUGAGACAUUUCUUUCGAUCUUAGAGUCUCUGUGGAUUGUCAUGAGCCGGAACGUGAGCCUACUUUUCACCACUGUCACAACGCUCCUGACCAUCCUCUUCUACAGUGGGACUGCCCUUCUCAAUUUUGUGCUGUCUCUGAUAAUUUUCCUGACCACACUAUUUUAUCUGUUAAGUUCCAGUGAUGAGUACUACAAGCCAGUGAAGUGGGUGAUAAGCCUGACACCACUGUCUCAGCCAGGUCCUUCUUCUAAUAUUAUUGGCCAGUCUGUGGAAGAAGCUAUCAGAGGGGUGUUUGAUGCUUCCCUCAAAAUGGCUGGCUUCUACGGAUUGUACACAUGGCUGACUCAUACCAUAUUUGGCAUCAAUAUUGUCUUCAUACCAUCAGCGUUAGCAGCAAUCCUAGGAGCGGUGCCGUUUCUGGGGACAUACUGGGCAGCAGUCCCUGCAGUUCUAGACCUGUGGCUUACUCAAGGCUUAGGGUGCAGAGCCAUCUUGCUGUUGGUUUUUCAUCUCUUGCCAACAUACUUCGUAGACACUGCCAUCUAUUCGGAUAUAUCAGGAGGUGGGCAUCCUUACUUGACAGGCUUGGCAGUGGCUGGUGGGGCGUACUACUUAGGCCUGGAAGGAGCAAUCAUUGGGCCCAUACUUCUCUGCAUACUUGUGGUCGCUUCCAAUAUCUAUAGUGCCAUGCUAGUGAGUCCCACGAAUUCAAUGCCCACGCCAAACCAGACCCCGUGGCCUGCUCAGACUCAGCGGACUUUCCAGGGUAUUUCUGAUGAUCUGAAAUCUUCAGUAGACUGACAUGGUUUGCACCACAGUGAUUUCUGUAGAAGGUUCACUUGAUAGUGAGUUCAGCUCAGCUGUGGCCUUCUGUCCUUUCAUCUGUGCCUAGCAAGCAGAGCCCGGGAAAGAAGGAGAACCCUCCUGGCCUUCCAUACAGAAUGCCUGGACAAGAGAGAACUUGCUGUGGGUUGCUUUGCCUUCUAAAGCACAGCUUUAGAGCUUAGAAUUGUGGUUUGCUCACUUACCUGUUGCUAUGAUGGCUUGAAAAGUUUCAGUUUAUACACUGGUACCAUGGUUCACGAUUUCCCACUUUGGUUAUCUAUAUUAUUAUAAUAUGUAUUUACAAAGUUAUUUUAAGAGUCCUGAACUACCUGCUGUUAAAAGUAUUCACAGUGUAAUUUUCUCCUGGUUUAAGAAAUCUGUUCUUCAACUUUUUUAUGACCGUCACUUUUUGAUGAACAGGGUUUUUCACUUCUGAAUAUGUAGUUGCUUGAGCAGGAAAAGGAGUCUUCUACCCUUCUACCCACUCCCCUCUGUAAAUGUAAGGCGGGUGGCUUAUUUGAAGGUCACCUAGUUGUGUGUUGCAACCACAGGAGACACAGAAAAACAAGCUCCUCCUCCCCUUUCUCCUCCCUCCAUCUGCCAUUACACUCUUGCCAAAUUCUUAAAACUUGGUUGACCACUUUGAAGUAAAAAACUUAGUAAGCUGCUGUUCAUGGUAACAAUAGGACAGAAGUCAUGUUGUGGUUCAGUUUUCCUUUCCAAAUGCUUUAAGUGAAAAAUCUCAGGAGUCGCAGUUCACCGAGUUGUUAAAUGUAUCCCUGUUUGCUUAUUUGGAAUUCUGCCAAUUAGUUACUUAUUAGCAGUAGAAUGUUACAUUUAGGCAGUAUUUUUCCAUCACUUAGCACAGCGCCUUGCACAGAAGACUCUAGACGAAGGCGUGUUGAAUUAUGACUUUCUAAGUCUCCCAGACAUCACAAUAACCAGCAUAGCGCUUUGCAUUUUUCAAAGUCAUUCUGUGCAUUUUCUUUCACAGUCACUUUCCGGCAGCUUUUGUACAGCUUUCUGUUAUUUUGUAACACUUUCAUACAGACGGGAAAACUAAGGUUCAGAGAAAUUUAGUAAGAUCUUCCUGACUUCACAGUCUGCAAACUCUGCUGUGCUGUAGCAUUUCUUCCAACCCCUUAUGCAGUUUUCCCAGUGCUUGUCCUACAGUUAAUGACAGGCUGGGACUAGAAUCCAGCUCUUAGCUUGGUGCCCUUCCCACUGUAGAAAACAAUCAUCGGGCUC